AGCAAGGGCAAAAUGAGUGGGCUACUAGGCGGCAGGACCUGCUCAGCCCCAGAAGAAGCCUCCAACCUUAAGUACCCCCUAGGCACCAGGCUCAGGGAACCUCUCACCGAGGCUCGGUUCCAGCAGCUCUUUGGGGGCCCAGAGCAGGAGCUGGAGCUACCCGCAGAGCCCAGAUUGCCCCGUUUGUGCAGGCUGUGGAGGGGCCAGGCCAGCACUUGUUCCGGGUCGGGGGCAUGGCGCCUGCUGCUGGCACGGCUGCCCCCACUGCGCUGGCUACCUCUUUACCGCUGGCGGGCCUGGCUGCUCGGGGAUGCGGUGGCCGGAGUGACCGUGGGCGUCGUGCAUGUGCCCCAGGGCAUGGCUUUUGCACUCCUGACUUCUGUGCCCCCGGUGUUUGGACUCUACACUUCUUUCUUCCCAGUCCUCAUCUACAGCUUGCUGGGCACUGGGAGACACCUAUCCACUGGAACUUUCGCAGUACUCAGCCUCAUGACCGGCUCAGCUGUAGAGCGGUUGGUGCCCGAACCUGUCGCAGGAAACCUGAGCGGAAUUGAGAGGGAACAGUUGGAUGCUCAGCGGGUUGGGGUAGCAGCAGCUGUGGCCUUUGGCAGCGGGGUGCUGAUGCUGGGGAUGUUUGCGCUGCAGCUCGGCGUCCUGUCCACCUUUUUGUCCGAGCCUGUGGUCAAGGCGCUGACCAGCGGUGCAGCGCUUCACGUGCUCGUGUCCCAGCUGCCAAGCCUUUUGGGGUUGUCCCUCCCGCGCCAGAUAGGCUGCUUCUCUCUCUUCAAGACGCUGGCCGCCGUGCUCACGGCGCUGCCCCGGAGUAGUCCGGCCGAAUUGACCAUCUCGGCGCUCAGCCUGGCGCUGCUCGUGCCCGUCAAGGAAUUGAACGUGAGAUUCCGAGACAGGCUACCCACCCCGAUCCCCGGGGAAGUCGUCAUGGUGCUUCUGGCCUCCGUGCUGUGUUUCACCUCUUCCCUGGACACAAGAUACAAUGUCCAGGUAGUGGGGCUGUUGCCUGGAGGAUUUCCCCAACCCCUCCUCCCCAACAUGGCUGAGCUGCCCAGGAUUCUGGCUGACUCCCUGCCCAUCGCACUGGUGACUUUUGCUGUGUCCACCUCCCUAGCCUCCAUCUAUGCAGACAAGUAUAGCUACACUAUUGACCCCAACCAGGAGCUAUUGGCCCAUGGUGUCUCCAACCUUGUUUCAUCCCUCUUCUCUUGCUUUCCCAACUCAGCCACCCUGGCCACUACCAGCCUACUAGUGGAUGCUGGUGGGAAUACACAGCUGGCAGGCCUCUUCUCCAGCAUAGUGGUCUUGUCCGUGCUGCUGUGGCUGGGGCCCUUCUUCUAUUAUCUGCCCAAGGCUGUCCUGGCUUGCAUCAAUAUCUCCAGCAUGCGCCAGAUGUUCUUCCAGAUGCAGGAACUUCCACAGCUAUGGCAAAUGAGCCGCAUGGACUUUGCUGUAUGGAUGGUCACGUGGGUAGCUGUAGUGACUCUGAAUGUGGACUUGGGCCUGGCUGUAGGCGUGGUCUUCUCCAUGAUGACUGUGGUCUGCCGAACCCAGAGGGUGCAAUGCCUGGCACUUGGACUGGCUGAAGGGACCGAGCUCUACAGACCACUCAGAGAGAGCCACAAGCUCCUCCAGGUCCCUGGUCUCUGCAUCCUGAGCUAUCCAACACCACUCUACUUUGGGACCCGUGGGCAGUUUCGCCACAUCCUGGAGUGGCAUCUGGGGUUUGGAGAAAGAGGCAAGGACUCUCCAAAGCCAGAUGGCUUAUCUGACACAGUUGCUGAGCCUGUCAAAGUGGUGAUCCUAGACCUCAGUGGUGUCACCUUUGCAGAUGCUGCUGGAGCCAAGGAAGUAGCACAGCUAGCCAGCCGAUGCCAGGAUGCUGGGAUCCACCUUCUCUUGGCUCAGUGUAAUGCCUCAGUACUGGAGACACUGACCCGGGCAGGACUCCUGGACAGAGUGACCCCAGAACAACUUUUUGUGAGUGUCCAGGAUGCAGCUGCACAUGCCCUGGAGAGGCUGGAGCUCACUGGUCCAAAGAUUUGCACAGUGUGGGUCUAACCAGGUCGCUUGGAGUGUGGAGGGCACCAACAGUAUGUGUGAGAGGAAGGCCAUGGUCACUUAGCUCCCUUACUUAAUGUAAUAAAA